AUGAGCUUCGGUGACAUCUUGGAGGAUGUUGGUGGCAUGGGAAAAUUCCAAAUCAUCCAAGUUUUGUUGCUGGUAACCCCAACAAUUUUUUUGUCCUGCCACAACAUGCUUCAGAACUUUGUGGCUGCUGUACCUGACCAUCACUGCCAGGUCCGUUUGGAAGUGAACGGCUCGAGUCCCGCCAACACUACAACCACGCUGCAGGCAGAGGAGCUUCUCCGCGCUUUCAUCCCUCUGGACCGGAAUCAGCAGCCAGAGCAAUGCCGUGUGUAUUCCUCACCUCAGUGGCACCUGCUGGACCCCAACGCGACCUGGCGAAACACAACCGAGUACGACACGCAGAUAUGCACUGACGGGUGGACAUACGACCGCUCCCAGUUCGAAACCACAAUUGUCACAGAGUGGGACCUGGUGUGCGCUUGGAAGCAUCUGAAAUGGAUCUCACAGUCUAUCUACAUGGCUGGCUUGCUGAUAGGAGCCAUAUUACUGGGCAGGCUUUCGGACAAGUACGGGCGGAGGACUCUCCUACUCUGGUCCCACUUCCAGUUGGCAGUCUGUGGAAUGUGUGCAUCCUUUUCCUCUUCCUACUUCUUGUUCUGCUUCUGGAGGUUUCUGUGCGGAAUGGCGGUGUCAGGAAUCACGCUCAAUGGUAUUUGCCUCCAGAUGGAAUGGAUCCCGACAAGAUUUCGAAUUCCUGUCUCGCUGAUCAAUGGUUGCCUUUACACCCUUGGCCAACUACAGCUGGCUGGGUUAGCAUAUGGAAUCCGAGACUGGCGUUGGUUUCAGUUCACAGUCUCCAUCCCGUUUUUCAUUUUCUUCCUUUACUCCUGGUGGUUCCCGGAGUCCGCCCGUUUGCUCAUUCUAGACGACAAGGCUGACGUGGCUCUGAAACAGCUCAGGAGGGUGGCAAAACUGAACGGCAAGGAGGCAGAGGGGGAAAAGCUCACCGCCGCCAUUCUCAAAUCAAAAAUGGAAACUGAGCAUCUGGGCACCAAGAAUAAACACAGCGUGCUAGAUCUGUUCCGGACCCUUGUUGUGCGCAAGAUAGCCUGUUGUACUAUGCUUAUUUGGUUUGCAACCAGCCUUGCAUAUUAUGGGUUGGCGAUAGACCUGCAAGGGUUCGGAGUUGACAUUUACCUCAUCCAGUUAAUUUUUGGAGCCGUCGACAUUCCAGCAAAAACUCUUGGUUUCGUUUCCAUGACUCUGAUAGGAAGACGAUUCACGCAAGGGAUUACCCUUAUCCUGGCAGGGAGCAUUAUUCUGGCAAACACCAUUGUCCCAAAAGAGUUGCAGGCCUUGCGAACUUCAUUUGCUGCAGUUGGGAAAGGCUGUCUCGCAGCUUCGUUCGCCUGUUGCUAUCUCUAUUCAGGUGAACUCUACCCAACCGUGGUCAGGCAGACAGGGAUGGGACUCGUGAGUACGAUGGCUCGGAUGGGAGCCAUGAUAGCACCUGUUAUAAGGAUGAGCGGUGACUAUGUUUCAUUUCUACCACUGAUUAUAUACGGUGGAGUACCAGUAAUAGCUGGAGUGGCUGCCUUUUCCCUACCGGAAACACGGAAAACUCCCUUGCCAGAAACUAUCAAAGAAAUAGAAAACAGUCUCCCACAACAAUAACUUGAACCUUUACAGCACAUUCGAGU